CUUCUGCCUUUAAGGUUUGUAACACUGAGUCUCUUUUCCCAGAGAUGUCCCCGCUUGGGGGUGGGCAUCACAAACAGCUGGGCUCAGGGAAGGGCCUCCUUGUUAGUCCUCUCAGGCCUCUGCCUCUCAGAGGUGUGUCUCCACCUCUCCCUGUCUCCACCUCCGUCUAUUUCACUCUCCAUUUCCCCCCCCCCCCCCCAGCACUCUCUGGCUUGCCCCGGGCUCCGAGCCUCUCUCUGUCUCUCUCUGUCUCUCACGUUUCCCUGUCUUUAAAUCUUAAACUCUCGUGGGUAUCAGACUGCUUCUCAGCCUCCAAGUGCCUCAGUCUCUCUGUGUCAACAUCCUUGUCUCUUGGGCUCGUCUCUCCCUGACUCUCAGCGGCUCCCCUGCCUGACUUUAUCUCCAUCGUGUGGGUCUGCCCUGCGUAACUUUACUUUCUUACUCUUUCUGCCUCGAUCUCUCUCUGAACCACACCUGGGAAGGCCUCUCCCUCUGUUCGUUCCCAGCGCCCUCCUCCCUCUCAUCCUCCUGCCAUAGAAACACCUCCAGGUGAACUAGAGUAGAAAGAACAGGGGAGAGGGGCGGGAACUGGAGAAGGUGGAGUGGAGGGAGGGGAGAGGGAAGCGGAAAGAGGGGGUGUGAUGCAGGGCUCCGGGGGGGCAGCGGGUGUGCUGGGACCCAGAAAGAGCCAAAAGUGCCCAGCGGAGAUGGCUGGAGCGAAAGGGAGACUUGGGGGGCCAGGGAGCUGGAAGUAGGGGAUCCAGAAAGGAGGCCUUGAAGCCAUGCAGCAUGACACAGACAAAGCAAGGUGGCCGUCCCAGGCGGCGGUGACCACGCAGCCUGCAGGCGGGAGAGGCGCUGAGCCCUCCUGUGUUCCGUGAGGGGGUGAAAAUAACUUGGUGAUUGAGUUCUUUCUCCUGGCGGCUCCGGCUCCGUGCCAAGUGUUUUUAUCAGGGUCAUCUUGUUUCAUCCUCACCACAACCCUGAGAGGAGGAUGCUGUUCUGAUCCCUCCUUCACAGAUGGGGAAACUGACGCUCAGAAAGUAACUUGUCCAAGGUCACCAGGCUGGUAAGUGGCCGAGCUGUGGUUCAGACCAGCUGGUCUACUCACAGCUGGGCUCCCAAGCUCUCUGCACACUGACCCCAAGAGAGGAGCCCAUGUUCCCACAGACCCCAGUUCUCACUCACGGGGGCUGGGAGGCACCCGGGCUGCCGUGGGGGACCAGGGACCGAUGCCAGGGUCCCAGUACCCAGCAGCCCAGCGGGGAGGAUGACUGGCCUCUUGGGGUUUGGGGGUUGGUUGCCCACUCUGAGCAUGAGCCAGUGAUGAAGUGGUCCCUCACCGGGCACAGGUGGGGCCUGAAGCUGCCCCUGCUAGGGCAGCAGGGCUGGGUAGCACAUGGAGAUGGACACCGGUGUCCCAAAACCUGGGCCAAAGAGGAUAAAUCUUCCCCCAACAAGUGUGUGGGGGGGAAGGGGGUAAUCAAACCAAUGUGCUCUAGGAAGAAGGUUGCCAACCACCGAGUGGGGCGCUCUGAACAGCUGUACACAACGCUACAGGGCUGAGGGGCAGGCGGAGGCUGAAAUCCAGCUUGUUCUUCAGUUACCAGGUGAACAGCAAGUUGGCACGAUGGUGGUGGGGCUGGGAACCUGGAGCCUGGCCAGAGCUGCUCUGAUCAUCCUACUGCUCCCCAGAAGCCUGGAGGAGUGCGGGCGCAUCAGCGUCUCAGCCCCCAUCGUCCACCUGGGAGAUGCCAUCACGGCCUCCUGCAUCAUCAACAGGACCUGCAGCCACCUGGAUCCAGAGUCACAGAUUGUGUGGAAACUGGGGACAGAGCUUCAGCCCGGGGGGAGGCAGCAGCGCUUGCCAGAUGGGACCCAGGAAUCCACCAUCACCUUGCCCCACCUCAACGACUCUCGGGCCCUUCUCUCCUGCUGUCUGCGCUGGGGCAACAGCCUGCAGAUCCUGGACCAGGUUGAGCUGCAGGCAGGCUACCCUCCCGCCACACCCCACAACCUGUCCUGCCUCAUGAACCUCACCAUCAAGAGCCUCAUCUGCCAGUGGGAGCCAGGACCUGACACCCACCUGUCUACCAACUUCACCCUAAAGAGCUUCAAGAGCCGGGGCAACUGCCAGGACCAGGAGGAAGCCAUCCCCGACUGCGUGCCUGAGGACGGGCAGAGCCGCUGCUCCAUCCCACGCAAACACCUGCGGCUCUACCAGAGUAUGGGCCUCUGGGUGCAGGCAGAGAACGUGCUGGGGACCAGCGUCUCCCCGCAGCUGUGUCUGGAUCCCAUGGACGUUGUAAAACUGGAGCCCCCCACCCUGUGGGCCCUGGACCCCAGCCCUGAGGUGGCCCCACCCCAGCCAGGCUGCCUACAGUUGCACUGGGAGUCGUGGAAGCCAACCCAGUACAUAGACCAGAAGUGUGAGCUGCGCCACCAGCCACAGCGUGGAGGAGCCAGCUGGACCCUGGUGGGCCCCCUGCCCUCCAAGACCCUUCAGCAUGAGCUCUGCGGGCUCCUCCCAUCCACAGCCUACACCCUGCAGAUGCGCUGCACCCGCUGGCCCCUGCCUGGCCACUGGAGCGACUGGAGCCCCAGCCUGGAGCUGACCAGCACGCAACAGGCCCCCAAUGUCAGACUGGACACGUGGUGGCGGCAGAGGCAGCUGGACCGCAGGACACUGGACAUGCAGCUAUUCUGGAAGCCAAUGCCCGUGGAGGAAGACAGCGGGCAGAUCCAAGGGUACCUGGUCUCCUGGAGACCCUCGGGCCAGGCUGGAGCAGCCCCACCCCUCUGCAACACCACCGAGCUAAACUGCACCUUCCACUUGCCUUCGGAAGUCCGGGAGGUGGUCCUUGUGGCCUACAACACCGCCGGGACCUCCCACCCCACCCCCGUGGUCUUCUUGGAGAGCACAGGCCCACCGCUGGGCAGACUCCAUACCAUGGCCCGAGACCCUCACAGCCUCUGGGUGGGCUGGGAACCCCCCAGCCCUCGGCCUCGGGGCUAUGUGAUUGAAUGGGGCCCGGGUCCCCCCAGCCCCAGCGGCAGCCAUAUGACUUGGAAAAUGGAGCAUAAUGGAAGCAUUGCAGGGACCCUGCUACAAGAGAACAUCAGGCCCUUCCAGCUCUACGAGAUCACUGUGACCGCCCUGUACCAAGACACCGUGGGACCCUCCCAGCGCAUCUACGCCUACUCCCAAGAGACGGCCCCCUCCUACACCCCAGAGCUGCAUCUGAAGCACAUUGGCAAGACCUGGGCCCAGCUGGAGUGGGUGCCCCCAACCCUCGAGCUGGGGAGGAGCCCUCUUACCCACUACACCAUCUUCUGGACCAAUGCUCAGGGCCAGUCCUUCUCCACCAUCCUGAAUGCUUCCUCCCAUGAGUUUGUCCUCCCCGGCCUGGAGCCUGCCAGCUUGUACCACGUCCACCUCAUGGCUGCCAGCCAGGUGGGGGCCACCAACAGUACAAGCCUCACCCUGAUGACCUUAGCCCCAGGGGAGUUCGAGCUGCACAUCUUCCUGGGCCUAUUCGGCCUCCUGCUCUCGAUUAUCUGCCUCUGUGCAGCUACCCGGUUCUGCUGCAGACCCAGCAGGAAGAAUUCCCUUUGGCCAAGUGUCCCAGACCCAGCCCACAGCAGCCUGGGCUCCUGGGUGCCUAGCAUCCCUGCGGAGGAGAUCUUCCAGCUGCCCAGCCUUUGGGACACCAGCAUGCCACCCAUCACCAAGAUCACGGUGCUGGAGGAGGAAGAGAAGAAGCCUGGGCCCUGGGAGUCCCAUGAGAGCUCAGGAACCUGUGGCCUUCCCGCCCUGGUCCAGGCCUAUGUGCUCCAGGGGGACCCAAGGGCAUCUACUAUCCAGCCCCAGUCCCAGUCAGGCAACAGUGACCAGGUCCUUUACGGGCAAGUGAUGGGCAGCCCCUCCCGCUCAGGACCAGCGGACUACAUCCGCUGCGACUCCACUCAGCCCCUCUUGGGGGGCCUCACCCCGAGCCCCAAGUCCUAUGAGAACCUCUGGUUCCAGACCAGCCCACAAAGGACCCCAGAGCCUCUAGUCCCCAACCAGGAGGAUGACUGCGUCUUUGGGCCACUGCUUGACUUCCCCCUCCUGCAGGGGCUCCAGGUCCAUGGGGUAGAAGGGCUGGGGGGCUUCUAGGGCUUCCUGGGAUGCCCCCGCUGGGUCUGCCUCUUGAAAGGCUGGGGCCAUCAGAGAGGAGGCGAGGGUCAGAAGGCCCGUCACUAAAAAACCACCCUGCCCCAGGAAAGGCAGGAAGGCUCCCGGUUUCCCGCUGUCUGAGGCCCCCAGCACCCCUCCCCAUGUGCCCAGUACCCAUGGGCUGGGCCUCCCACCGCAAAGGUCAGGAACGGCUUCCCCCAGCCUGUCCACUACAGUGCCUUCUGUGCUUAUUUCCUAUCAUUUCCGUCUCUUAAACUGGUCUAUGGUUCUGUUUGACUUGGUUUUAUUUUAAGAAACUCUUCUGUGUGCCUGA